AUGGCUACUGAUCAAUUGCGCGUCCUCAUUGUUGGCAACGGCGGCCGUGAACAUGCCUUCGCCUGGAAAUUGAGUCAGUCCCCCCGGGUCGAGAUCAUCUACGUUGCCCCGGGUAAUGGUGGCACGGGGCUGGGAGCAUUCAGCAAGAUCACCAAUGCCAACGUCAAGGGGAAUGAUUACCCUGGUCUGGUGGCCUUCGCGCAGAAGAAUGGCGUCAAUUUGGUUGUCCCGGGUCCAGAAGCCCCUCUCGUCGACGGUAUUCAAGGAUAUUUCCAAGCAGUUGGCAUUCGCUGUUUUGGGCCGUCCAAAGCCGCGGCCCGUAUGGAGGGCUCCAAAACAUUCUCCAAGGACUUCAUGAAGCGCCACCACAUCCCUACGGCCGCUUACGAGAACUUCUACGACUACGAAUUGGCCCGCAAGUACCUUGAUACCGUGUCCCAUAGCGUCGUCAUUAAAGCCGAUGGAUUAGCUGGCGGUAAGGGCGUCGUUAUUCCGGCGUCGAAGGAGGAGGCGCAUCAAGCGCUGCAUGAAAUGAUGCUCGACCAUCAGUUUGGCGAGGCAGGCAAGGAGGUGGUGAUUGAAGAGUAUCUGGAGGGUGACGAGCUUAGUGUUCUUACCUUCAGCGAUGGCUACACGAUCCGAUCUCUUCCCGCAGCUCAAGACCACAAGCGUAUCUUCGAUGGAGACCAGGGUCCCAACACUGGUGGAAUGGGGUGCUAUGCUCCCACGCCCAUCUCCUCCAAGGCAGUUCUGGAGGAAAUCGACCGGACCAUCGUGCAACCAUCCGUCGACGGUAUGAGAAGAGAUGGCUUUCCCUUCGUUGGUAUCCUCUUCACCGGUCUGAUGAUGACCAAGGACGGCCCCAAGGUCCUUGAAUACAACGUUCGUGGUGGAGAUCCAGAAACCCAAACGCUUCUGCCUUUGCUGAGUGACGACACCGACUUGGCGGAGAUUAUGGUGGCCUGUACUGAACACUGGCUAGACGGUGUCUCCAUCAAUAUUAAACCAAGCUUUUCGACCACCGUGAUCGCCGUGGCUGGAGGGUAUCCGGGAUCGUAUGCCAAGGGAAAGACCAUCACCCUAGGCCCAGUGCCCGAAGACACACUGAUCUUCCACGCGGGAACCACUCUCGCUGGCAAUGAGCUGCACACCUCUGGUGGCCGAGUCAUUGCAGCUACGGCGACUGCAUCGACUCUUGAGGAGGCGGUCCGCAAGAGCUAUGCUGGUGUCUCCACGAUCCACUUCGAAGACGUGUUCUACCGCAAGGACAUUGCGCACCGCGCUUUCAAACAAAGAGAUGCUACCGCAUCCCAGCAGCAGUCGCUCACCUACGCAUCUGCUGGUGUGUCCAUCGAUGCAGGUAACGACCUCGUCAAUAAAAUCAAGAGCUCUGUCUCUCAGACCAAACGCCCUGGUACGGAUGCAGUUAUCGGCGGUUUUGGGGGUCUUUUCUCUCUGGCUGCAGCCAAUUCGGCGUACCAUCCUCACUCGCCUACUCUGAUAGGAGCUAUCGAUGGUGUUGGUACCAAGCUUAAAAUCGCUCACACGGUGGGAAUCCACGACACCGUCGGAAUUGACCUUGUCGCGAUGAACGUGAACGACUUAGUUGUCCAGGGCGCCGAACCGCUCUUCUUCCUCGACUGCUAUUCCUGCGGCAAGCUGGAUGUCGGCAUGGCUUCCGCCUUCGUCACGGGUGUUGCCAACGGUUGUGUGCAGGCCGGCUGCGCCCUCAUCGGAGGCGAGACCGCCGAGAUGCCUGGUCUCUUCGUCGACGACACUUACGAUGCCGUCGGUGCAGCCGUUGGGGCCAUCAACACCACCGGCGAUAAUGCUCGUGCUAUCUUGCCAGAGACUGCUGCCAUGAAGCCUGGCGAUGUUCUUCUCGCCUUGGCCUCCUCCGGCCCUCAUUCCAAUGGAUACUCGCUAGUGCGCAAGAUCGUUGAACGGUCCGGGUUGAGCUACAAUGACCCAGCCCCAUUCUCGAUGCCCUCGUCCAACGGACCAUUGUCCCUUGGACGCGCCCUCCUCAACCCCACUCGCAUCUACGUCAAACCCGUCCUGAAAGCACUCACGAUCCCGUCGUCCUCUGGUUCGUCAUCCGCCAUCAAGGGUCUCGCGCAUAUCACCGGAGGCGGCCUAACCGACAAUGUACCCCGUAUGCUCCCGUCGAAGCUGGCUGCGCACAUCAACGUCGCCGCGUGGCAGCUUCCGUCUGUUUUCGCCUGGCUCAAGCAGACUGGCAAUGUGACUGCCCCAGAGAUGGCGCGCGCAUUCAACUGUGGUGUCGGUAUGGUCAUUGCCGUCGAGAAGGGAUCUGAAGCGGCGGUCAAAGACCUUUUGCAGAAAGAGGGUGAGACGGUGUACGAGAUCGGUGAGCUCAAGUCGAGGAACGAGGGUGAGGAAGGGUGUAUCCUCGAGGGAUUGGAGACAUGGGAUGCUUAA